GGAAGUGGCAUUUGGGUGUGAACUGCAAAUCCCGCCGUGAUCACUGCCACCAUCCUUUAAAUCAUGGCUUUGAUUAUUUUUAUGGCAUGCCUUUUACCCUUUUGAAUGAGUGUCAAGGCAUAGAUGACCCUGAACUGGCCAAGUCUUUGCAAGAAACAUAUUGGCUUUACACACAGAUGAUCAUCCUUGCAGUGCUUACUCUUCUGAUUGGAAAACUUACCAAUUUUUUCUCAAUAAAAUUGAAAACAAUCAUAUGUCUGGCCAUCUGUGGUCUCCUGUAUUUCAUCUCCUGGUUCUCCAGCUAUGGUUUCACCAAGUACUGGAACUGUAUCCUGAUGAGAAACCAUGAUAUCACUGAACAACCAAUGAAUUUAGAAAAAACUACUUCUAAUAUCCUGAAGGAGGCAUUUUCAUUCAUUGAAAGAAACAAGCAUAGACCGUUUCUUCUCUUUGUUUCCCUUUUACAUGUUCACACCCCUCUCAUUACCACAGAGGAGUUUCAGGGAAGAAGCAGACAUGGCCUAUACGGAGAUAAUGUAGAGGAGAUGGACUGGAUGGUGGGCAGGCUUCUGGAUGUUAUUGACAAAGAAGGCUUGAAGAAUACCACAUUCAUUUAUUUUGCAUCUGAUCAUGGAGGAUACUUAGAGGCUCACAGAGGAAAUGCUCGGUUGGGUGGAUGGAAUGGGAUCUAUAAAGGUGGAAAAGGAAUGGGAGGCUGGGAAGGCGGGAUCCGUGUCCCAGGAAUAGUUAGAUGGCCAGGAGUGUUGCCUGCAGGGACUGUUAUUGAUGAACUGACAAGCCUUAUGGACGUUUUCCCAACUGUGGUUCACCUGGCUGGAGGGGCAGUGCCUCAGGACAGGGUCAUCGACGGGCGCAGCUUGCUGCCUUUGCUGCAGGGGACAGUUCAGCGCUCCGGGCACGAGUUCAUGUUCCACUACUGCGGUGUGUUUCUGCAUGCAGUGCGGUGGCACCAAAAGGACAGUGAGUAUAAAUAUCCCCCCUUCCUCCAGAUCAGAGAUGAUGAACUAGGAAAGGAUUCAUUAAAAAAAGAAAAGAAAGAACGAAAGAAAAGUGAGAGAGUGCUGCAACUGCCCAUCUUCUGCGUUGUAGCUGAGCG